AUGCUGAGGAGGUCGGGGCUGCGUCAGCUCCUAGUGGGAGGCGCCGUAGCCGCAGGGGCAAGGGAGGCCAGGGUAGUGGGGGUGGAAGCGGUGGAGGCGGUGGUGGGGGCAGUGGAGGCGGUGGAGGUUGCGGUGGUGGCGGAGGGAGUGGUGGUGGGAGUGGAGGCGUUGGAAGCAGCAAUGGUGGCGGCAGUUAGAGUGGCGGUGGCGGCAGUGCUGGCGGCAGUGGGAGAGGGUGGCGGCGGUAGUGGUGGAGGUCAGGGUGGAGCCGUUCAGAGGGAAGGUUCUGGAGGUGGCCGCGCUGGCCAGACAUGCGGGAAGUUUCACACACAGCACCGCUGCUUCUGA